ACCUGCAGCAUGGAUAACUGGAGCAGGACUGAUCGGCUGCGUGCGAUAAUUCAUCGGUUCAUAUCUCGGUAAAUACAGAAAUCAGUUAUAGUUUAACAAAGACACAAUGGCUACGCAGUCUGUGCCGAAACUUGAAGUAAAGCUUUUCGAAGAUGGACAGGACAACCCAGACAGUCAGAAUGAUGACCAUCUGAGGAGUCUGAAAGCACUUACUCAAAAACUGAGGCUUGAAACCAGAAGACCUUCCUAUUUAGAAUGGAAAGCCAAACUUGAAGGGAAAGACUGGAAAAGCUCAAAGCUGGAGGACCAAGGGCUCAUAAUGACAAAGAAGCCUGGUGAGGAGCCCAGUAACUUCAAGAAAACACAAAGACAGUUCAGUGGGAGUUCUGUCAGCGAUGGCAACUUGACUUCAGGAAAACUUAGUGGCUUUGAGAAUAUGGACGAAGCACUGAGCUGGCUCCGGAAGGAAUUGACAGAAAUGCGUCUGCAAGACCAGCAGCUGGCAAGACAACUGAUGCGUCUUCGUAGUGACAUCAACAAGUUGAAGAUUGAACAGACCUGCCACCUUCACCAACGAAUGCUUAAUGAUGCCACCUAUGAACUGGAGGAGAGGGAUGAACUGUCGGAUUUGUUUUGUGACUUCCCAGUAACCAAUGCCUUCACUCUAUCAGCACCUCUCAAACUUAUUGGCGUUACUAAAAUGAACAUUAAUUCCAGGAGAUUUUCUUUAUGUUAA